AACGAUUACGCGACAAGCUUUAUGAACCUCAGGUGUGCAUCCCAACAUCACGGCGCGUUCGUAAAGUAGCACAAAUAUUAAGGAAAACAAGACUUGAGGAAUUCAACGUUCAGCCUAAAAGUCUGAAACUCGUUUUCAGGACUUGGUGAUUUGAGGAAAAAUAUAAAAAACCUCUUUUGUUGAAGAUGACCUGCGCAAAUGUGAUGACGAGGUUGGGCACGCCGGUUUCAGUAAUGUCUAUGGACAUGGCCAUGACCUUUAGGUGCAGAGGCUCUCCGCAGCACCUCAGCCACCUGAUCGGGGUGUCCUCCCCUAAACCCCUGCGGCCCUGCAUCUCCCGUCACCCUUUAUUUGAGUACAAACACACCCGUCUUACUACAACCAACACCGGCCGAAGAGAGAAACGCGUCGCGUUCGCGGAUUCCAAAGGACUUUCCCUGAUCACCGUGCGCCUGUUCUCUGAGAAAGACGAGAAACCUGAACCCGUAAAAGAGAAACGACUCUGGAAAUUAAACUACUUCACAGAAACUGUAAAUAAAACCGUACGGUUGCGUUUGGGCUUUGAGCAACCCUGCUCGGAUUUCCAGUCGUUCAGAUGUCGCCUGCGGGAACGCAUGGUGCUUUUGGAGAGCUGUAAGGUCACCAGACGCUCCAUCCUGGGAACAGUGCGCGUCAGGAAUAUCUGCUUUGAGAAAGUGGUUCAUAUCCGCGUUACUUUCGACGCUUGGCACAGUUACCUGGACGUGCCGUGUACUUACCUGGAUCAGUGCUAUGGUGAACCGGGGACCGACGUGUUCGAGUUUAACGUGACGGUUCCUGAGCAGUUGGAGACGGGAGGACGGAUCGAGUUUUGCGUGUCUUAUUUGCCCGGUGGAUUCAGUGCUGCUGAAUGGGAUAAUAAUAACGGCAAAAACUACUGCAUUCAUGUUUAUGAUGCGUGAGUAUUAAAACAAUCUACGGGCUUUUUGCACUAAACUUUUAACCUGCUAUCUUGAAAACUACACGUUAUCUGUGUAUCAACCAACUUGUUUGCACGUGUUUCACAAGAUGACGUUUUACUAACGAAUCGAAUGUGUGGUGCGAUCUUUUAUUUUACAAAUCGCACUUUCAAGAAAUGUGUUUUUAGGUGUUUGCCGGCGUUUUUUACGAUUUGGCACUUUUCUAAUGGUUUAUGAAUUGUUGUAUAAUAUGUAAUUUAAUAAUAUUUUAUGUAAAAUGUUUUAUCAAAUAAAUGCCAUUUAUGUAGAAAAA